CGUUCCCGACGCACGUUUUAGACAUGCAAUCUAUCGAAGGAAAGGUGACUAAGAAUAUCGCGCGAUGAAGUAACUGAGUAGGUAAAGAUUGACUGGUCUCGUUAUCGGUCGCAGAAGCGACCGGUACCGAGCCUAUUGAGAAAGAGAAGACAUUGCGUGAAAGAUUGCGUCGACAUAGUAAUUCCGAAGAGGCAGAAAGUGAGUUUGCAGGAAAUGAAGGAGACUAUGUAUUGUGAGGAAAGCAGCGUAAACUCACACCAGAACGUCUCCAAUUCUAUCCCUGGCUCCAGCCGAAGGAGUAUCGAUUUGUCUCCAUACGGAAGGCAGAUCAGCUUACCCUCGGGCCUCGAUUGCUAUGAAGAGUGGACGGAGGACCCCAAGUACUAUCAGUGCCAAGUCACUAGUACCCCAGGAUGUCCUAACUUCCCGUCCUCCCAAUGGACCCUCCUUUUCGGGGGAAGAGCUCCAGACCUUGAGAAAAUCUUAUCGGGAGAUUACUACACUACCAUCGAUCCUAAACAGAUUCAAGAGCUCGGAAAAGGAUUUGAAAUAAUCUUCUCCCAACUAACUACCACUCAUCGCGUACGAUCCUAUGGAGACUGGAGCGUCGCUUCAGAGCUCUGGAUUGAUGUCUUGUCGUUCAUCAUGCCGUGGAAGGAGUUUGAGCUUCGUGAUUACAGGCGGUAUUUGUCCGGAAUCUCCGCCUUGUUCACUUCAGCGUCCAUUCCCGUAUCAUCGACUUCGAUCGAGGCCCCCAUAAACGCGGAGACUGCGGCUCUGUGGCAAAAGGGUCUAAAUGAUACCAUAGCGCGAGGCCAGCGUUUUCGACAGCAGGCAGAUGCGGCAAAACAGGCGCAGAAGAAAGCUGAGAAUGAUGCUUGGACAGUGAAGAUCAACCAAAAUGCAGUCACAAAAGAUUUCGACACUCCACUCUCCUCGUACAGGCUCAAGGUCGAUUUUCUCACUGUCGCGCAAGCUCUCGAACUCGCUAUCGAAAUGGACGCAAUUGCUUCACUGACCAAGACACACCUUCUUUUGUACCAUACUAUCCUAGCCAUUUAAAUAGUUCCUACAGCCCCUCAUGAUUUUGUACCAGUUCAUAAUGCACAUUCAAU